CGUAAUAUUUAUAGGAUGGGUAUCAUCUUUGGUUGGCUGCCAACCGAGCACUAUGUGCGCGACAUCAUCCUCAUGACUUUAUUGGCCGCCAUAGUGGCCACAUUGAUGAGCAUUCGGUUCUAUCUGCGCAUCACGGCGGGCCGAUGUUUCACCGAGACAAAGAUGGAGGGCAAGACCGUUAUCAUCACUGGCGCCAACAGCGGAAUUGGCAAGGAGACGGCCAAGGAUUUGGCAGGACGUGGAGCCCGCAUUAUUAUGGCUUGCAGGAACCUGGAAACUGCCAAUGCUGUGAAGGAUGAGAUCGUCAAGGAGACGAACAACAGCAAGAUCCUGGUCAAGAAACUGGACUUGGGCUCCCAGAAGUCCGUGCGGGAGUUUGCCGCCGACAUCGUGAAGACGGAGUCCAAGAUCGAUGUGCUCAUCCACAAUGCCGGCAUGGCCUUGGCCUUCCGUGGACAGACGAGUGAGGAUGGCGUGGAGCUGACCAUGGCCACCAAUCACUACGGCCCCUUCCUGCUGACCCACCUGCUCAUCGAUUUGCUGAAGAAGAGCGCACCGGCUCGCAUUGUGAUCGUGGCCUCGGAGUUGUACCGCCUGUCCUCGGUUAACUUGGCCAAGUUGAACCCUAUCGGUACCUUCCCGGCUGCCUACUUGUACUACGUGUCCAAGUUUGCCAACAUUUACUUUGCCCGCGAGCUGGCCAAGAGGCUGGAGGGCACCAGGGUGACAGUUAACUUCCUGCAUCCCGGCAUGAUUGACUCGGGCAUCUGGCGCAACAUUCCCUUCCCCUUGAACCUGCCCAUGAUGGCCAUUACGAAGGGAUUCUUCAAGACCACCAAGGCCGGUGCCCAGACCACCAUCUAUUUGGCCACAUCCGAUGAGGUGGCCAAUGUGUCUGGCAAGUACUACAUGGACUGCAAGGAGGCCACCCUCAAUGCCGCUGCCCUGGACGAGGAAAAGGGUCUCAAGAUCUGGGAGGAGUCCCUGAAGAUCGUCAAGCUCACGCCCCAGGAACCCAAGAUCUAGUCGGUUUUUCCGGGCUGAAAGCUAGUAUACAGCGUCUAUGCGCAAUUAACUGAUUUGCUUUUCUUGUUAUUAAGGGGGAGUUUACUGUAGACUAAGUUUUUCAUCUCAAUAAAUACAAAUUUGGAAAAAAAAA